GAACACACUCUCUCCUCCCUCGCUCGCUCUCGCUCUCUCUCUCUCUCUCUCUCUCUCUCUCUCUCUCUCUCUCUCUCUCUCUCUCUGAGCGAACAAGUACAUUCCGCUCCCAGAUCUCAUCCGAACAUCUCCAAAACCCUAGCUUUAUCCGAACCCUAAGAUAAUUCAAGCAAUUGUCAAUAACAGUGCAUGUUUCAUCAACCCGCUGUGUUUACCCGCCUUUAGGUUGUAUAAGGUUAUUUAGCUACAAUGGCUGCAACAGGAAUUGGCAAUCCCUUGUUAGGUGAAACCACAUGUGGGUCUCUGCUGCAACAGUUGCAGAUAAUAUGGGAUGAGGUUGGCGAGAGUGAUGAUGAACGCGAUAGGAUGCUGCUUCAGCUAGAACAAGAGUGCCUGGAUGUUUACAAGAGGAAAGUCGAUCAGGCUGCAAAGUCGAGGGCACUGCUCCUACAGUCCUUGGCUGAUUCCAAAGCAGAGCUUGCCAAGCUUCUUUCUGCUCUUGGAGAGAAGUCAUUUUCUGGCAUACCUGACAAGUCAUCUGGGACUAUCAAGGAACAACUGGCUUCCAUUGCACCAGUAUUGGAACAGCUAUGCAAGCAGAAAGAAGAACGGAUAAAGGAGUUCACUGAUGUUCAGUUGCAAAUUCAGAAAAUUCGUGGAGAAAUUGCUGGCACCCUGAAGAAUGGUGAGCUGACAGGAGCACCGGUAAUUGAUGAGGAGGAUCUAUCACUAAAGAAGCUGGAUGAAUAUAACUUUCAGCUGCAGGAACUACAGAAAGAAAAGAGUGAUAGACUACACAAGGUUCUUGACUUUGUCAGCACCGUGCAUGAUCUAUGUGCUGUCUUAGGAAUGGAUUUCUUCAGUACCAUAACUGAAGUCCACCCUAGCCUUAAUGACUCUAUUGGUGUCCAAUCCAAGAGCAUUAGCAAUGAAACCUUAUCCAAGCUAUCUGAAAUGGUUCUUGCACUUAAAGAAGACAAAAAGAAGAGGCUUGUUAAGCUUCAAGAGCUUGCUGCUCAACUGACUGAUCUCUGGAAUCUAAUGGAUACCCCUUCAGAGGAGCGCGGUUUGUUUGAUCAUGUCACAUGUAAUAUGUCUACUGCAGUUGACGAGGUCACCGUUCCUGGAGCCCUAGCUCUUGAUUUAAUUGAACAGGCUGAAGUGGAAGUUGAGAGGUUGGAUCAGCUGAAGUCUAGCAGAAUGAAGGAAAUAGCAUUCAAGAGACAAACCGAACUUGAGGAAAUCUAUGCCCGUGCACACAUCGAGAUUGAUUCUACUGCUGCAAGAGAGAGAGUAUUGGCUCUUAUCGAUUCUGGUAAUGUUGAGCCUUCAGAAUUACUAGCUGACAUGGAUAAGCAGAUUCUUAAAGCCAAAGAAGAGGCCCAAAGCAGAAAGGAGAUACUCGAAAAGGUUGAGAAGUGGAUGUCGGCAUGUGAAGAAGAGAGCUGGCUUGAAGACUACAAUCGGGAUGAUAACCGAUACAAUGCAAGCAGAGGUGCACAUUUAAAUCUCAAACGAGCUGAAAAAGCUCGUAUAUUGGUUAACAAGAUUCCAGCUCUCGUUGAUACUCUGGUGGCAAAGACCCGUGCAUGGGAGGAGGAUCGCGGCAUGCCAUUUACCUAUGAUGGUGUUUCUCUUCUUGCAAUGCUAGAUGAAUACACCAUGCUCAGGCAGGAAAGAGAAGAAGAGAAACGAAGACUAAGAGAUCAGAAGAAGUUUCAUGAGCAACUAGCAACCGAGCAAGAAACAUUUUUCGGAUCAAGGCCCAGCCCGGUCCGUCCGCUUGGCCCAAAGAAAGUGGUCGGGCCUAGAUCAGCGGCCAAUGGUGGUGCAUCAAACGGCACUCCAAGCCGACGAUUAUCUCUUAAUACACAUCAGAAUGGCAUGAGAUCUGCAAGCAGGGAUGGGAAGAGAGAUCUCAAUAGGGCGGCUCCACCGGUAAUAAACUACGUUGCCAUCUCUAAAGAAGAUGCGGCUUCACAUGUGUCGGGUCACGACCCGAUUCCUGCUUCGCCAUGAUUUAUACAAUCUUUAUAAGUGCGAUAUUUAUUGGUAAACUGUUUUUAUUACAUCGUAUGAGGUCAAAAAGUGAGCUGUUGUCUUGUGAAGUAAAUUAUAGAGAACUGCUUAUGUUGCACUCCUUUUAGGAGGAUGGUGUGUUCUUGAUGGAUCUAAUAUUAUUUUAGGAGGGCAUGUAACUUGAUCUUUUUACUAUGAAGACAUGUAUUAUUCCUUGAUGUAGCUUAUUCUGUC